AUGCAGCUACUGGAAGCAGUCAUCUUCAUCUCCCUCUGGGCUUUUGGCCUUGGUCAGUCAAAGCUGGAGCAACCUAAGAUAUCAAUUUCCAUGGCAAGAGAUAAGAGUGCCCUUAUACCUUGUAAGGUGUUCUCUAGCACCUUUGGCAUAGAUUACAUACACUGGUACCGGCAGAAACCAGGUCAGAGUAUAGAACAUUUACUAUAUGUUGUCUCCACAACUCCUGUUCGUGGGAAGAACAACAAAUUUGAGGCAAGUAAGAACCCUCCCACAUCCACUUCCAUCUUGAAAAUAAAUUUCUUAGAGAAAGAAGACGAGGCCGUGUACUUCUGUGCCUGCUGGACUGACAUCCACAGCUUUUACACUGUAAAGCUGUUUGGUGAUGGAACAAAACUUGUCGUUACAGACAGAAGCCUCAAUUCAGAGCUCUUCUCCCCCAAGCCCACUAUUUUUCAACCUGCAAUUGCUGAAAUAAACCUUCAUAAGGCUGGAACAUAUCUUUGUCUUCUUGAGCAAUUUUUUCCUGACGUUAUCAAGGUGUACUGGAAGGAAAAGAAUGGCAAUGCAAUUCUGGAAUCUCAGCAGGGAAACACCAUGGUGACUAACGACACAUACAUGAAAUUCAGCUGGCUGACUGUGACUGAAAAGUCAAUGGACAAAGAAUACAAAUGCAUAGUCAAACACGAGAAUAAUCCAAGAGGAGGUGAUCAAGAGAUCCUUUUUCCUUCAAUAAAGAAAGGUAUGUGUGUGUGUGUGUGCAUAUACAUAUAUGUGCCCCAAAGGGAAGAUAUAUAUAUCUUCCUUAAACAGGUUGCUGCUAUUAAUCCUGCAGUAAAAGCUUGUCUGGAAGACAAAGAGGAACAGGCGAAACUAAUCAAAUUACUUCUCCUAGAUACACUGCAGCUGCAGCUCACCAAUACCUCUGCCUACUACACCUACCUUGUCCUCCUUCUCAAGAGCCUGGUCUACUUUGCCAUCAUUUCCUCCUGUCUGCUUAGGAAAACAGCAGUCUGUGGCCAUGGAAAGAGUUCAUAGCAUGGCACAAAAGGGUCAACUUUUCUUUGUUGUUUUUUUUGUCCCUGAACAUGUCUGCUAAGGAUCUAGCUGGACUUUCUUUCUGGGUUUGGAUUAUUUCAGUUCACAUGUGCAUUUUUCUAUUAUGUCAUUAUUGCAUAACAGUUUGGAAACCACUGGACAAAAGAAAAUUUCACUCUGUAACAAUAACAGAUUCUGCCAUUACUCAGGGGCAGGGCCAAAGGAUACCCUUUAGACCCACUUUUCCCAUAAUCUCCAUCAGCUCCUCUAGCCAACCCAAAUGAUCAUGCCUUCUGAGUA